GUUUUUUUAUUUAAAAAUUUAGAGACAAUGUUUUAUAUUUCGCUAAAAACUUUAUCUAAGAACAAUCAUGCUCUCACUGAAGCAAGUCAUUAAACUUGUAAGACUUUGGCUUUUUUUUUCAGCCUUAAGGGAUCAACUACUUCAUCUGAGUCUUGAGAUGGGUUGGUGGAGAAAGAAGAACACAGAAGAAGCCGAUGCAAAGCAGAAGCUAGUCCAAGAGAACGGCGAGGUGGUCCUAGAAAAGCUCAUCGAAUAUUGCAAUGGAAAAUCCAAUCCAAUCAAAACCUUUUCUGCUUCUCAGAUCCUAAGAGGCACCGACAACUUCAGCCCUAAUAACUCUCUUAUUCUCCACGCUACUGGUAGCUACCAAUGUUACAAAGGUAUGCUUGAAGACCACCGACCCGUGCUUGUGAAGAAAUGGGUAAUAAAGUAUAGUCCCUGCAGCGGAAAGACUUGUCGUGACAUAUCCAUAUCAUCAAUGGUUAGUGGUCACAAGAAUUUCCUCAAGCUGUUAGGUUGCUGUCUUGAGUUUCCUAAUCCAGUUAUUGUCUAUGAAUAUGCACAAAGUAUAAUGUGUAGAGAAAAGUCAAAGUAUCUAUUUGAUGUGAGUUUACCAUGGAACAUGAGACUGAAGAUUGCAAAGGAGGUUGCAGACGCUUUAACAUACCUUCACACUGCAUUUUCAAAGAGUAUCAUCCACAAAGACAUGAUACCAUGUAACAUCUUCUUGGAUGGGGAAGGGACGGCUAAGCUUAGUGGGUUCAACAACUCUGUUUUGAUUCCGGAAGGAGAAAAGUUUGUUGAAGAUAUGGUUGUAGAAGGAACUUUUGGGUACCUUGAUCACAACUAUAUGGCUACUGGGGUAGUGACAGAGAACACUGAUGUCUAUGGCUUUGGAGCAUUCAUGAUUACUCUUUUGACUGCUUUGCAACCGAGUCUUGUUGUCAAACUGUACAAGGAUUCUCCUAUAGAGUUGGUUGAAGAUGGUGGAUUUGUUGGGAUUGUUGAUCCAAAGCUGUUGGAGAGCUGCAAGGAAGAAGAGACAUGGCAGUUUAGGACUUUCUUUAUACUCUCACUGCGAUGCAUUGGCUGUGUAGGAGAAGAAGUUCCAAAGAUGAUUGAAGUUGCCAAAGAACUUAAAAUGAUAAUGCUUGUUUAAGCAUAUAAAC